AUGAACACAUCCCCGCAAAGAAGACAAACUAGGAAGUCAUCGCAGCCGGACCAAGACACCUAUGUGCGACUGAUAUCUGACUUGUCGGACAAUAUCGAGAAUAGCGUGCCGGCUUCCAAGUCGUCGCUCAUUCUUGCCCUCCUCUACACGUGCUACUCGUGGUGGUGUCGCUUGAAAAACAUCCUCCCGUCGCAGCUUCAAGUAUACUCACGGCAGCUCUACGUCUUGAAAAUGGCUGGCAAGACGUUGCUGCGGUGCGCGCGCGCGGCGAGAGUGCUGCCAACCGUGUUCAUUGCAACGGUCUUCGGCUUCCUUGCCGCCGUCAGCUUCACAUGGAUAUGGUGGUUUGCCCGACGUCGUUGCAUCUGGAUUGUAUAUCGCUUGGUCAUCCCAUUUAUAUUGAACUCGCUCAUUGCGCUGAUUCCCACCAGCAUCCCGGCCAUUGAUGAUGCGCAUUGGGCCCGCAGUGUUCUCACAGCGACGGCCAUUUUUGCGAAGGUGACGCGAAGAGGGAGGUAA